GCGGCGGGCAGAGGCCGGCGGGGCCGCGGGCGGGAAGGGCUGAGGUGAGGCGGCGCCUCCCGCCGCUGGGAUGAGCGCCUCGGCCGCCACCGGCGUCUUCGUCCUCUCCCUCACAGCCAUCCCCGUCACGUACCUCUUCAACUGCUUGGCGGCCGUCGGCAGUUCCUGGGCAAUUGUUGCAGUCGGAUUGCUGGUCCUGCUUUUUAUUGCUCUGCUGGCUCGUCUUCUUGUCAAAAGAAAACCACCAAAAGACCCUCUUUUUUAUGUUUAUGCUGUAUUUGCCUUUACCAGUGUAGUGAAUCUAAUAAUUGGACUGGAACAGGAUGGUAUUAUUGAUGGAUUCAUGACUCAUUACUUGAGAGAGGGUGAACCCUAUCUGAACACUGCCUAUGGCCAUGUGAUCUGCUAUUGGGAUGGCUCUGCUCAUUAUCUGAUGUAUCUGUUGAUGGUGGCAGCUAUUGCAUGGGAACAAAGCUAUAGAUCCAUUGGCCUCUACUGGCUAGGUUCCAUUAUCAUGAGCAUCAUUGUCUUUAUGCCUGGAAAUAUUGUGGGUAAAUAUGGAACAAAAUUGUGCCCUGCUUUUUUCUUGAGCAUACCAUAUAUUUGCCUUCCCAUAUGGGCUGGGUUCCGGAUUUACAACCAACCUUCGGCGCCUUGCGACGCUCCAGUCAAGGCGGUUCAGGAGGUCCAGAAGAAAGGACUCUUAAGACGACCAAUCGAUUUAAUGUUAGCUGCGUACCUCAUUCUAGCAACGGGGUUUUGCAUAUUUAGGGGCAUGAUUGCUCUGGAUUGCCCUGCUGAACUCUGCCGGUUAUAUAUCCAGCUGCAUGAGCCUUACAUAAAAGAUCCUGCUGCCUAUCCUAAGCUUCAGAUGCUGGCAUACAUGUUCUACUCUGUGCCAUACCAUGUGAUUGCUCUGUACGGCCUGCUGGUACCUGGUUGUUCCUGGAUGCCUGAUAUAACCCUUAUAUAUGCCGGAGGACUAGCUCAGGCUCAGUUCUCCCACAUUGGUGCUUCUCUUCAUGCUCGAACUCCUUACAUCUACAGAGUCCCUGAAGAAGCAAAACAGUUUUUCCUGGUAUUGAACAUAAUGUAUGGGAUUCUCCCCCAGCUGCUGGCUUACAGGUGUGUCAACAAGCCAGAGUUUUUUAUGAAAACAAAACAAGAAGAAAAACCAGAAUAGCGCAACUGUGUGCAGCUCCUCCUCCUGGCGGUGUUUGUAAUUGAGUUGGGAUGUAACUGAACUGUUCAGCUGGAAGCCAGAUGAAGCGUGUAAGAUGUGUAAGAGCGCAGAGUUGUGUCAAGUUGCAUGGGCUGUUCUGUUUAUCCUACUCCAAAAGGGAAAAUAAAGACGACUGCCUUCAGUACCGCUUCUCACCGUCUGACUUUGCGCUGCAGCGAGUCGCUAGUUCCCAAAGCUAUUUUUAAGCAAGCUGCUUUGACAGUCUGAGAAAUACUGCACAAAGUUAAACCAUAAUAAUGAUGUCACUGUUUAGCCUUCACACACUGAGGAGUAUCAGUGCUAGCAAAUACACAGCUACUGUAGAAGGUGAAGGUCAACAUUUGGAAGUGUGAGAAAUUACCAUACAUAACUCUGUCACAUGCACAUGUUUUAUUUGUCAAAAGUAUGUCUUGUGGGUCAGCCUCGUUAAAAAUCCCAAGAAAUCUUUUAAGAAGCAAUCAACUCUUACGGUAAGACUCCAGAGAGGAUAAGCAAAUCAUAGAGUUUAGUUAAUUCUUUAAAGGAUUCACUGCUGCAAGGACUGCUCAUCCGCUUGAAGUUAAGCAUGUGCUUACGAGCACUUCUGAAGUGGGCAUGGAGGGCUCAUUACCUUGAAGAACUGGGUCUUACACCAUAGCAUGUGUUUCCAGAGAGGAGGAGGGGUUUUGGCCCUGUUCUUCUCCACAGCUACUUUGAGUAGCAGCAAAUACAGCAACCUGGGUUUGUGUAGCUUCUGUUGCUGUUUGCAGUUACAGUAUUUCUUAUGCCUUGGACGUUUAUUUAUACUAAAAGCAGUAGCUCAGUGCCUUUCUCACAGAUCAGCGUAGCUGAUACACUUGAACUGGAAACACCUUCUUUCGGCAUGUUGACUUGGGGUGUUUGGGUUUAGAGAAACUGAAUUUUCUUUUUAAACCUAAUCAGGAACAAGAGAGCAUCAGCUGAUGUGCAAGUGCGUUGCACUCUGCACAGGGACACUUUCAGAGCAAUUCAUGCUUUAACGCUCUCCUGUUGAACACUGAGCAGUGCUCAGAGGAGUGAACCAGGGUUUUAUACCUCCAGCCAAAGGGGCAGGUCCAAAAUAACCACAGCACACCUCAGGCAACGCUUCUUGGCUAAAAGGACCGUAGCAACAACUCCCUCCAGCCCCCAGCCUCCCUGCUGUUGGCUCCUUCCACAUAGGCUACAAUUUGAGAUGCCUCCACCCCAGUCCAUCCUCCCACAGACAAUCCCAGAGCCGUUGGGCUGGAGCAGGACACGCUGGCUCCCAAGCAGGUAUUUGAGCCUCCAGUGUCACUUGUAACGUUUUCAAAGAAACUUUGAAUACAUUCAAGGUGAAUUUAAUAACCUCCUGUUAUCCAGAAAAGGCAAAGUACAGAAAAAAAUAAAGAUCUCACCUGCACUGGUAUCUAUUUAUGGUCAACUCAUGUUAACAGAAUGUUUUGCUUUAAUACUUGACUUACAUUAAUACCUCACAUUAUUACACGUAUGAAGCCAAAUAUGACGCUAACUUAGUUGCUUACAACCUCAAACCUUACUCCCAAUACACAUUCCAAUAAAUUUAUUCUGUAAAAACAAUACAUUUUUUUUUGUUUCCUUUUUGUUGCCUUUUUUGUUUUUUUGUCGUGGUUUUUUUUUUUUUUCUUAAGUUUUUUUUUUUUACAGCAAACUCAUCAACUACAAACCUUGAAUACGCAAAAGAUGUUCCAAGGACAAGCAUAACAAGGAUUGAUAAAACCAGACUAAAUAUGUUUUCACAAUAAAAGCUGGCAUAAAAAUAAAUAAAAAUCUCUAUUAUCACAAUAGCAACAAUAAUGUACACAGAGUAAUGGAUUUGGAAUGCUUACUUACUAGUCUAGUUCUAUUUCCAAAAGGAAAGAAAA